UAUACAUACAUACAUACAUACACACACACACGUACAUAUAUACACACAUGCAUAUACAUACAUACACACACACACGUACAUAUAUAUACACACAUGCAUAUACAUACAUACACACACACACGUACAUAUAUACACACAUGCAUAUACAUACAUACACACACACACGUACAUAUAUAUACACACAUGCAUAUACAUACAUACACACACACACGUACAUAUAUACACACAUGCAUAUACAUACACACACACACACAUAGACACAGAGAGAGAUGACAUGAGUGUGUUCAUAAUAAAUAGCACACACACACACACACACAGGUGUGUACAGAGAGAUGACAUCAUGAGUGUGUUCAUAAUAAAUAGUACACACACACACACACACACAGAGAGAGAUGACAUCAUGAGUGUGUUCAUAAUAAAUAGUACACACACACACACACACACAGGUGUGUACAGAGAGAUGACAUCAUGAGUGUGUUCAUAAUAAAUAGUACACACACACACACACACACACACACACACACACACACCCACACAGGUGUGUACAGAGAGAUGACAUCAUGAGUGUGUUCAUAAUAAAUAGUACACACACACACACACACAUAUAGACACAGAGAGAGAUGACAUCAUGAGUGUGUUCAUAAUAAAAUGUUUGUUGCAAUUCUUACUCCUUUUUUCACAUUCCUUCUUUGUACUCUUUUUCUUUCUCCAUCUUUUUUCAUCAUCUCUUCCUUCUUUGUCUCCUUCUUUCUUGUCCUCCUCUUAUUUCUUCUUCCUCUUUUCUUUCUCCUUCCUCUUACUUCUUUCUCCCUCUUUUUUUCUCUCCUUUAUUCUUCCUAUUCUUCUUUUUUCUCGUCUUUCUCCUUCCUCUUUUUCUCUUCUUCCUCCUUCCUAUUCUUACCUGUUCUUUGUCCUACCUCUUAUUUCUCCUUCCUAUUCUUCUUUCUCUUUUUUCUUCUUUCUACUUCCUAUUCUUAUUUCUACUUCCUUCUCUUUCUUUUUUCUCCUUCCUAUUAUUCUUCAUUUUCUUAUUUCUCCUUCCACUUAUUCCUCUCCUUUCUCCGUCCUAUUCUUUUUCCUCUUACCUCUUUUUUCCUCUUCCUUCUUCCUCCUUCCUAGUAUUCUUCCUCCUCUUUUUCUCCUUCCUUCUUCCUCUUUUGUCCUCUUCUUUCUUCUUCCUCUUCUUUUUAUUCGUCAUCUUCUUUCUCCUUCCUCUGUAUUCCCUCUUCCUCUUUCUCCUUGUUCUUCCUCUUCUUUCUCGCCUUUUACUUUUCUCAUUGUUCCUCCUUUUCCUCUUCUUCUUUGUCUUUACUUCUAUCUAUUCUUCUUCCUGUUUCUCUCAUUCUACCUGUUCCUGCUCUUCUUAAUUAUUUUCCUAUUCUUCUUUCUUUCUUCUUGUUCCCCUCUUCCUCCUGGUCCUCUUUCUUUCUCUUCUGUGUAUUUCAUGCUCCUCCUGGUUGUGCUGAGCCUGCAAACAGGAAGUGAUAAGAAGACACUCAGAUACAAACUGAAUUUGUUAUUGAUAGUUAAGAAAUCUUCUAGUCUCUUGUUUCUAACAAUAUUAACUAGUAGUCUAGUCUCAUGUUUCUAACAAUAUUUACUAGUACUCUAUAGUCUCUUGCUUCUAACAUUAUUAACUAGUAGUUUAGUCCCAUGUUUUCUAACGCUAACUAGUAGUCUAGUAUCAUGUUUGUGAUCUUAACUAGAAGUCUAGUCUCAUGUUUAUAACAUUAACUAGUGGUCUAGACUUGUGUUCUUAACAUGAACUAGUAGUCAAGUAUCACAUUUCUAACAUUAUUGACUAAUAGGCUAGUAUCAUGUUUCUAAAGCAAUUAACUAGUAGUCUAGUCAUGUUUCAAACAUUAAGUAGUAUUCUAGCUUCAUGUUUCUAACAUUAACUAGUAGUCUAGUUUCUAACAUUAACAAGUUGUCGGGUCUCAUGUUUUAACAUGAAAUAGUAGUCUCAUGUUUCAGAUAGACAAGUAGUUGAGUAAUGUUUCUAACAUUAACUAGUAGUCUAGUCUCAUGUUUCAAACAAGUAGUCGAGUCUAAUGUUUCUAACAUUAACAAGUAGUCUAGUUUCAUUUUCUAACUCAACUAGUAGUGUAGUCUCAUGUUGCUAACAUUAUUGACUAGCUGCCUAGUGUAAUGUUUCUAAUGUUAACUUUUUGAUUGAUUGAUUGCUACUUAUAUGAGUAGAUGUCACAGUACAGUACAUAUUCUGUACAAUUGACCACUAAAUGGUAACACCCCAAUAAGUUUUACAACUUGUUUAAGUUGGGGUCCACCUUCAUCAUUUCAUGGUAACUAAUAGUCUUGUGUAAUGUUUCUAAUGUUAACUAGUAGUCUAGUCUCAUGUUUGUAACAUGAACUAGUAGUCUAGUCUCGUGUUUAUAAGAUGAUAAAGUAGUGUAGUCUUUGUGACUUCACAGAAAAGAAGUGAAGUCUCACCUUGAGACUUCAGUUCAGCGAGCAACAAAAAAAUACUUUACUAGUUGGGCUCGCUCGGCUUCUGCCAGUAAAGAAGAAGAAGAAGACAAACAGGAAGUGAGUCAAGUCACUGACAUCAUUUGUUUCUUUCUAGUUUGGAUGCUGAAGAAGAAGAAAAUAAAACAUAUU